UGUUACCAAUAUACCAUUUUUGCAGGAAUACUGUGCAUAUCCAUAGGUGCUUUGUCCUGUGUGCAAAUUCUCAUAACUUAUGGGAAAACGGGAAUGGAUACGCUGAAAAAAUAUGUCCUAAUCAGUUGGCUAGUCCUUAGUUGGCUGUACUUACUAGGUAUGAGCGUGUUGGUGGAUAUAUUUUCAAAGCAAAUAGAACAGACCAAAUUAAUUUGCACCUACACUCAAUUGAAAUAUAUACAUAAUGAAGCAGUAUAUAAGUUCACGAAGCCUAUAUUGCGCGCACUUGAGGUCAGGGUGGCGCGCACCUCCAUAUAUGGUUUGUUUUUCUUCGAUCCUGGAGCAACGCUGCGCCUUGCAGUGUCUACUUUCCUUUAUAUUACUGCGCAGAUUCAAAUAACAAUGCAAGUUAAGUCUAAGUUAACGUAAAAAAAUUACGUACCUAUUUGUGACAGUCAAGGGAAAGAAAAUGUAUUGGGUAUUUUCCAUUGACCUAGAUCUAAGAAAUUUUUCAAGUGAUACCGUCAUAAUCUAGAAGUAUAGGAAAAAACCGAAAACU